CAAUCCCCGCCAAAAACCCUAGGUUAUAAUCCUCAUAAUCUCCCCAUUUCCAGUUUCCUCCUCUCACAAUCAGAAGCCGCCGCCGACAAUGCCGCCGAAGUUCGAUCCCUCUCAGGUCGUCGACGUCUACGUCCGCGUCACCGGCGGAGAGGUCGGCGCCGCCAGCUCUCUGGCACCGAAGAUCGGGCCGCUCGGCCUCUCCCCGAAGAAAAUCGGUGAAGACAUUGCUAAAGAGACAGCCAAGGACUGGAAGGGCCUCCGCGUAACCGUGAAGCUCACCGUCCAGAACCGUCAGGCGAAGGUCACCGUCGUUCCCUCCGCCGCGGCGCUCGUCAUCAAGGCGCUCAAAGAGCCGGAGCGCGACCGGAAGAAGACGAAGAACAUCAAGCACAAUGGAAACAUCUCCCUCGACGACGUCAUUGAGAUCGCGAAGGUGAUGAGUCCGCGCUCCAUGGCCAAGGACUUGUCCGGCACCGUCAAGGAGAUCUUAGGCACCUGCGUCUCUGUUGGCUGCACUGUCGACGGAAAGGAUCCCAAGGAUCUGCAGCAGGAGAUCUCAGAUGGUGACGUCGAGAUCCCGGAGAAUUGAGCUAGAUCAGGUUAAGUUCGUAUACUUUUUUAAUUUAAUCUGAUUAUUUUGGAGGAAACGAUUAUGAUGAUGAAUUUUUGAUGUGCUAUUAAUGGUAAUAGUAUUAUUACUUUA